UUGCAAUUUUUUCAGGGAAAAAAUGUCGAUUGCACAAAAUCCUUGCGACAAAUCAUCCAUAAAUUCCAGCGAAUCUCCCGACUAUUCGAAUUCCUUCACGGGCAGAAAAAUUGUUCCAUUAACUGAAGAACUUCGUGAAGAGCGCCUCUGGAUCCAGCUUCCUUUCGUGUUACAGAAACGGCUGGAUUCGUUGGAACAACGAAUGCUCGAUGUGGAAGACAAAGUGAAACGUCUGGAGCAGAUCUGCGAGGACAGUACGCUGUGCCCAGAAUGCGGUGCAGAAAGAAUCAGCCAGUACUGCCUAAAAGAUGCGGAUAACGACAAGAUCGACCAGCGAGAAAGUCAAAUUUGUAAAUACACUUUCAUUGAUGAUGAUGAUGAAGAGAGGAAGCAAGAUGAAGUGCCUGCCGGAUCAUCGCAUACGACGUCGUCUGAGAAAUCGCCACAAGAAGAAUAAAUCAGAGAUGAGUGGAAUAAUUACCGGAAUAAGGUCCCACCGAAUCAUAUUAUUUCAAAAAUAAAUUUAAUUCGAUGAAGUACAAUUCAAAAUA